UGUUUCUUUGCAGGGCAACAUUUAAACCUGGUUCUGUGUGGGAGGAGAGGAGUAGAGAAGACUUCAGCAGCCAAGGCCAUUUUAGGUCAGACAGAGCUUCAUUCAGUCUCCAACUCAUCAGAGUGUGUUAAAUAUCAGGGAGAGGUGUGUGGACGUUGGGUUUCCCUGGUGGAGCUGCCUGCCUUGUAUGGAAAAUCUCAGGAGGCAGUGAUGGAGGAAUCACUCAGGUGUAUCUCCCUCUGUGAUCCUGAGGGUGUUCAUGCCUUCAUCCUGGUUCUACCUGUGGCUCCCCUCACUGAUGAAGACAAGGGAGAGUUAGAGGCCAUCCAGAACACAUUCAGCUCUCGAGUCAAUGACAUCACCAUGAUUCUGUCCACUGUGGACUCAGAUCAUACAGAUCUUGCUGUUAACUUUCUAAAGGAAAACAAGGACAUCCAGAAGCUUUGUGAGAGCUGUGGAGGAAGAUCUGUUGUUCUCAACAUCAAUGACAAACAGCAGAUCACCCAGUUUUUUCAUGAUGUGGAUCAAAUGGCCAGAUCAUACUGCUAUACAACAAAGAUAUUUGCACAUGCUCAAAUAGAAAAAAUCAGAGAGCAAGCAAAAUGCAUCAACAUGCAACAAGCUGAACUUCUGACACUGAAAAAAAACAUCAAUAAUUGUAAUGAAGAGAAGCAGAGCUCAGAGCCUCUCAGAAUUGUCUUGCUAGGUAAGACUGGCAGUGGAAAGAGCUCUUCCGGAAACACCAUUCUAGGAACAAGAGCGUUCAAAGCUGAGAAUAACCCCAAAUCUGUCACCAAACGUUGUCAGAAAGCAUGUGGUGAAGUAGACGGUCGUCCUGUUUUUGUGGUCGACACUCCUGGACUGUUUGAUAACAGUUUGUCACAUGAAGAGAUCAAUGAGGAGAUGGUGAAAUGUUUCAGUCUUCUGGCUCCAGGACCACAUGUCUUCCUGCUGGUUUUAAAGGCUGAAAGAAUCACACCAGAAGAGAAAGAAGCAUUAAAACUCAUCAAGGAAGGAUUUGGGAAGAACUCUGAAAAAUUCACCAUCAUUCUUUUAACUGGAGGAGAUUCACUGGAACGUGAGGGGCAGUCCAUUCAUGAUUACAUUGAAAAAUCUGAUGAUUCCUUUAAGAAGCUUAUUGGUGAGUGUGGCGAAAGAUUCCAUAUGUUUGAUAACCUUGAUGAACAAAACCGGGAACAAGUCACUGAGCUGAUAACAAAGAUCGAUGACAUGGUCAAAAAAAAUGGUGAAAGCUGCUUCACCAAUAACAUGCUGCUAGAAGCUGAAGCUGCGAUCAAGAAACAGACAGAUACAAUUCUGAAAGAGAAGCAGGAAGAAAUAAACAGAGAGAUGGAAGACCUUAAAAGAAAACAUGAGGAGGAAAUGCAAGAAAUGAAGAACAAAAUGGAAGAACAGAAAACAGAAAUUGAA